UAUAGUGCACCUCCAGCCAGGGAUCAUUGAAGACAUCGAUUUGGAGUAUCGGAGAGUCUGUGUGUGAUUCGGGAGUCCAAUCUUCUGCUCGGUCUCCUGGUUUCGGGGGGGAGGGGGCUGUGCUCGGUCUCCAGGUGUAACCAGAGAUUCGUCCUUGUUUGUGAAUAAGGCAAGGACCUGUCCGACCGGUCUGACCUGGUCUAGGGGGAGGAGGAAAAGGAAGUGACUUAGGUGAGGACUGCUGAACCGAGGAGGACAUCAAGGAGGAGAAGUCCACCGAUCACACCAUGAAGACCUUCACCAUGCUGAGCCUGGCCUCUGCCCUGCUCUGCUUCACCCUCCUGGGACAAGUUCUGAGCCAAGCUUGCACCUGCAAGAACCUUGUAAGGGCAGUGUGUGAAACAGACGGUACAAUCCCAAGCAUUCAACUAGGUACGGAACGGAAGCCGGUGGACUGUAACAAAUUGGUGCCCAAAUGCUGGCUAAUGAAGAGGGAGAGCAUUCCACCAAAGUCUGGAAGAAGACAGAAACCACCAAGUGCUCUAGUUGACAAUGAUGGGCUGUACAAUCCAGACUGUGAGGAUAAUGGCACCUUUAAAGCAAGGCAGUGCAACAACACCGAAACAUGCUGGUGUGUGAACUCGGCUGGAGUUAGAAGAACCGACAAAGGAGACAAAAACUGGAAGUGUUCAGAGCUGGUUAGAACUUACUGGGUGAUGAUAGAAAUGAAACGCAAUGACACUUCUAAAGUGCCGGAAGGCGCUAUUAAAGGGGCUCUGACAAGCCUGAUUACUUCCAGAUAUAACCUGCCUGCAAAAUACAUUGAUGGAAUUGAGGUUGAAGAAAACUUUAUCUACGUAGAUCUGAAGCAGAAUUCUUCAGCGAAACAGGCUGGUGAUGUGGACAUUGCUGAUGUUGGCUACUACAUGGAGAAAGAUAUUAAAGGAGAUCCCAUCAUUUUGCCAAAUGUGCCAUUUGAACUCAAAGUCAAUGGCCAGAACUUCGGUGUAAGAGAACCUGUCGUCUAUUACAUUGACGAGAAGCCCCAUGAAAUCAGCAUGAAGCAUCUGACCCCGGGUGUAAUCGCAGUCAUUGUGGUGGUGAUCGUGGCGAUUAUUGCAGGCAUAGUAGUCUUGGUUCUGACCAGGAGAAAGAGAGGCCGCUAUGAGAAGGCUGAAAUGAAGGAGAUGAAUGAAAUGCAAAAAGAACUCAACUCAUAGAUCUGAAAGUUCAACUGGAUCAAACCAUUCAGGGACCCAUGUGACUGGUGUGCCACUUGCAUACUAGGUUCAUCGUGAAAUCAAGCAAGCUGUUUAACUGGAAUU